AUGAAGUUCACCACCUCCCAAGUCCUUUUGGCUGCGGCCGCUCCAUUGGCCAAUGCCUUCCCAGCUGCUAUGCUGGAAAGGGUGGCCAGCGAUCCAGAGAUGGCCGCCCGUGCCCUCGAAAUCAACAACAUCAUCCAGAGACGACGAAAUGGCGAGCUCGAUGCUCGUCAGGCUGGUGCUGAUGCUGCGACUGCAAUCUUCGAGCCCAGCAACACAUUCAACGCUGCAGAACAGUACAUCGAUGUGUCGAAGGGAAGCGGGCACGAGUAUGUGGCUCCAGGUCCAGGUGACCUUCGAGGGCCUUGCCCAGGUCUGAAUGCCUUCGCCAAUCACGGCUUCCUACCACACAACGGCUACGCCACUGUCCAGCAGUACAUCGACGCCACCGAGGCUGUGGUCGGCAUGGGACCACUGCUGGCCGGCUUCUUGUCCAUUCUCGGUGGCGCUAUCGACGGCGACCUCUCCUCAUGGAGUAUGGGAGGCACUCCAACCAUCGCUCAAGGUGGUGCGACCGGACCUCUCGGAAACGGUCUCAUCGGUUCGCACAACAAAUACGAAGGUGACGCCUCCCCAACCCGCCCAGACCUCUACCAAUCCGGCAACAACUACAAAACCGUAACCUCCCAAUUCCAAGACCUAAUCAACAACUCCCCGGGAACCGUAACCCUCAACUCCCUCACCGCUUUCCGCUCCAAACGUUUCGACGACCAAAUCGCUUCUAACAAAUACUUCUUCAACGGCCCCUUCACCGGCGUCCUCGUCCAACCCGCCGCCUACACCUUUAUCUUCCGCUUCAUGGCCAACCACUCCGAAACCGACCCCACCGGCCUGCUGAGCUACUCCACCAUCCAAUCCUGGUUCGGCGUCGAAGGAACAAACGGAAACUACAACGCCGUACAAGGCACGGAACGCAUCCCAGAAAACUGGUACCGCCGCGCCAAAGCCUACCCCUACGAAGUCGACUACUUCCUCGCCGACGUCCUGAACGCCGCCUCCCUGCACCCCAAAUUCCUCGACAUCGGAGGCAACACCGGCACCACCAACUCCUUCACCGGCGUCGACGUCGCCAACUUGACCGGGGGUGUUUUCAACGCGGGGACUCUGUUAAAGGGGAAUAAUCUCGGAUGUUUCGUGUAUCAGCUUUCGGCGCAGGCGAAACCUGAUGCUUUGCUGGGAGCUUUGAACGCGCUGACGGAUUUGAUCGGGACGCUGAUUGCGCCUUUGGGAUGUCCGCAGCUGAAGGGUAUUGAUGCGGGGCAGUUGGAGCGGUUUCCUGGGUAUAGUCAGAAGCCGGUUUAUGGGUAA